UAGCGGCCGAGUCCUCCUGCAGGCUCCGCCCUCCUUGAUCCGCUGCCUCACGUCACACGACAUCGCCACAUUCGUACUCCACCCGCAGCAGCCAUGAUGCAAGAAGGGCUGGACGAUGGUCCCGAUUUCCUCUCCGAGGAGGACAGAGGACCCAGGGCUGUCAAUGUGGACCUUCAGACCGAUGCUACACUACAAGUGGACAUUUCAGAUGCUCUGAGUGAGAGAGACAAAGUGAAGUUCACCGUCCAUACGAAGAGCACUCUACCCAACUUCAAGCAGAAUGAAUUCUCUGUCGUGAGACAGCAUGAAGAAUUCAUCUGGCUCCAUGACUCCUUUGUAGAGAAUGAAGAAUAUGCUGGUUUUAUUAUUCCUCCUGCUCCUCCGAGACCAGACUUUGAUGCCUCGCGAGAGAAGCUACAGAAGCUGGGUGAGGGUGAAGGCUCCAUGACCAAGGAGGAGUUCACAAAGAUGAAACAGGAACUUGAGGCUGAAUACUUGGCCAUCUUCAAGAAGACUGUGGCAAUGCAUGAAGUCUUUCUCUGCCGUGUUGCUGCCCAUCCUGUCCUGCGCAAAGACUUGAACUUUCAUGUUUUCUUAGAGUACAACCAAGAUCUGAGUGUACGAGGCAAAAACAAAAAGGAGAAACUGGAGGACUUCUUCAAGAACGUGGUGAAGUCUGCAGAUGGAGUAAUAGUGGCAGGAGUGAAGGAUGUAGAUGACUUCUUUGAACAUGAGAAGACAUUCCUUUUAGAGUACCAUAACCGCGUCAAAGACGCCUCCGCCAAAUCUGACAGAAUGAUCAGGUCUCACAAAAGUGCUGCAGAUGACAUCAACAGAAUUGCCUCAACACUGUACACUUUAGGGACCCAGGACUCAACAGAUAUGUGCAAAUUUUUCUUGAAAGUGUCAGAGCUUUUUGAGAAAACACGGAAAAUUGAAGCACGAGUUGCCGCUGACGAGGACCUAAAACUUGCUGACUUGUUGAAGUAUUACCUCAGGGAGUCGCAAGCUGCCAAGGACCUUCUGUACAGACGAGGAAGGGCAUUAGUUGAUUAUGAGAAUGCCAACAAAGCUCUGGACAAAGCCAGGGCUAAAAACAAAGACGUCCUUCAAGCAGAAACCACCCAGCAGGUGUGCUGUCAGAAGUUUGAGAAAAUCUCAGAAUCAGCUAAACAAGAACUGAUAGAUUUCAAAACAAGAAGAGUAGCAGCGUUCAGAAAGAACUUGGUGGAACUAGCUGAGCUCGAACUCAAACAUGCUAAGGGUAAUCUACAAUUGUUGCAAAGCUGUCUGGCUGUUCUAAAAGGGGACACUUAGACCCUAGAACAGGGUUCUCUGUCUAGGGCUUUCCCUGCUUUGGUCCCGUCUUUAUUUGGAGGAUUGGAGGAGAGAGCAUACCUGGGGUCUGUUUAUCAAGAAACAUCUGUAUGUAUCACUACCAGAGACACCAUACUCCCUCCACUGCCGCCUUAAAGUGACGCGGCCCACUGUGGAAAAUUUCCCAAGUCCACACAGCACAAGAACCAACAAAUUCAGUUAAUCGCGUCUUGUAACUUCUGAUUGUUAAUUGACGUUUUUCAUGAGAAUUGCUUCAUGAACACAUUUAUGUUCCUGUAAUUUCUGUCUAAUUGUUUUCUUUUUACUUGUUUAUUUUGGCUUAUUGUAAUCCCAGAGUCUUUAGUUUCGGUAAUCCUUUUGUAUGGAUGCUGCUCAGUUGUCUUGUUCAAGUUGAGCUGAUUGUUACUAUGAUUAAAGUGUAUGGUCACUCAAAGCCUUGUACAUGUUGUAUUAGUUUUCACUGUAUUGCUGUUGAUCAUCUUAAUCAGACUCAUAGUUUUUCUUUUGUAUUAUGCUCUUUAGCAAAAUUAAUACAUUGUUUCCAUUUUUCAUUCCUGACAAAUAACAGAUCAUUGUUUGCCUUAAUAUGUAGACUAAUCAGAUAUUGUAAAAAUCAUAAAUGAAUACAUUUCUUUUUUCCCCCAGGCUUUUUAAGUGCACUGUACAUGAAUGUGUUUUUUUUUCACAGUAUGUGACCAAAGCUUCCAUUUAUUCAGAUGGAGGAAUGCUGACUUAAAUAGUAAAAAUGAUGAUAAAGUGGUAAUGAACAUGACAAAAAUAAAUAACACUGUUUACCUUA